AUGACGGAAGCUACGGCCCAGGCCUUUGUCUUCUUUAUAGCUGGUUUUGAGACUUCCUCGUCUACCGUGACGUACUGCAUUUUCGAAAUGGCCUGUCACCCAGAGAUUCAAGAGAAGGUUUACAUAGACAUAGACCAAGCAUUGAAGAAACAUGGCGGCCUGACGUACGACAGUUUGGCAGAGAUGGAAUAUCUUUCCCAGGCAGUAGACGAAACUUUGCGGUUAUAUCCCUCAGUUCCGAUACUGAAUCGAGAAUGCACCAGGGAAUACGAUGUGCCUGGAACCAACUUGCACAUUUCAAAAGGAGAUGCAAUAGUCAUUCCAGUUUUGUGGAAAUUAAGGAUAUCGUGGCGAGAUAUACCACUGACGUCAUAUCGAGCGUGGCUUUCGGUUUGGAAACCAACAGCUUGA